UAAAGGUAAAACAUCUAAAAUCAUUAUUAUUAAAAUUUCGGUAAGCAACGUUUCAAAAUUUAAGAGCAGUUAUCGCAGAAAUGAAUACCAAAAUGAGAUCGAAAAUGGACAUUGCCGAGAAGAUUGGUGAGAUCGUUCAAUUGAAUGAAACGCCGACGACCAUUAGAACCUUUUUGCAAAAACUAGAUAAUAUGUUUGAUGAAAAUGGAAUAGACUUCACAUUGCUUGAUAAGGAUGAAGAAAGCAUUCCCGAUCAUCCAGUAACAAAUGUUGAAUUUUCUCUAAAUUUGGAAAGAGGGAUGGCUCAUCUUACAUUAUAUGAUGAAAAUGGUGUUACUGCCAUUGUUGAUAUUUCUCUUAAGUUGUAUCGUGAUGGAGACAUGGAACACAAGCUGGAACAAGUAUUCGGCUAACUACUUGCUCUGACACAUUGGAUAUCUGAUGUAAUUCGAAACAGAUAUAACCUUUACAUCAGAUAAUUCUCUUUGACAUGACGGUAAUUCGGAACUAAAACUAGAGCAGGCUAUGAUCUGUAUAUAUGCUAUAAAAGGUCAUUUACCUUCAGUUCUUGCACGAUAAACUGAAGUGUACUACCUUUAAAAAAUGUUUUUCUCAUGAACCAUUGCGGUGAAGUGCAUGACAAGUAAUUCAAUUGAUUGUGGAAUAUGAAACAAAUAUUAAAGAAGCCAUUGAUUAGUUUGCAUGACGGCAUUUGUAAGAAGUCAACACAAAAAAGCGAAAAUAAAUUAAAAAAAAAUGAAAUAUUGAAAAAAUGACAGUGAAAAUAAAAGUUCAAAUCUGC